GUGUUUGUGUAUGUGUGUUUGAGAGCAUGUGUUUGAGACCGUGUGUGUUUGAGAUUGUGUGUGUGUGUGUGUGUUUGAGAUUGUGUGUGUGUGUGUGUAUGUCCGUGACUCAGUCAGUGUGUAAAACCCAGGAUUAUCUGUGUGUGUCUGUGUGUGUGUCUGUGUGUGUGUCUGUGUGUGUGUCUGUGUGUGUGUCUGUGUGUGUGUUUGAGUGUGUGUGUUUGAGUGUGUGUGUUUGAGUGUGUGUGUGUGUGUGUGUUUGAGUGUGUAUUUGAGUGUAUUUGAUUUUGAGAUGUUUAGCUCAUCUUCCAGACAGAGACAUUUACGCUUUUUCUGGUUUCCUAGCAACACGGCAUUAUUUCCGGUCAUGUUUUUAUCGGGAAGUGAUCAGCUGCAUGGUGGAAGUGUUCACUCCUCGUUGAUGAUCUUCCUUUAACAGCGUGACACGGAGUGUGUUUUAUUCCUGGCUAAUGGAGUCGUGCUGUUCUGAAGAACUGUCUAUAAAGGUGGAACGGAUUGUGGACAAACGGAAGAACAAAAAGGGCAAGUGGGAAUAUCUGAUCCGAUGGAAAGGCUACGGGAGCAAAGAGGACACCUGGGAACCUGAGCAUCACCUGCUGCACUGCGAGGAGUUCAUCGAUCAGUUCAACAACCUCCACCUGCAGGACCGCCGCUCCAAACCGGCCAAAACCAGAACCAGCACACAAACACACGGGGCCCGGGACACGUCCAGACAUCGAGGAGAAACUCGGAAAAAGAAAAGGACUAGCGGAGGAGGGGGAGGAGGGGCCCCGGGACCGGGUGUCCCACAUAGAGCGAGGAAAAUGAGUGGAGGAAAAGCCUCUGGAGACAAAACGAGCAAACCUGCGACUUAUAAACGCGUGAGCGCAGGGCUUCAGUUUGUUCCUCCUAUCAGGCGUCCGACAGACGGACUUCAGAACGGAGAAACGGACGCUGUGCAUUACAGGACUACUGGCAGGACGCAGGGUGUCCCGAGCAGCCGGGUGGAGAGGAUGAUGGGGGAGAUGGAGAUGAGCAGAGCUGCAGCACCAAUAAGAGAAGAAUUGGGGACGACGCUCCCGAACGGAGACGCACACUUGCACAGUUCAGCCAAACGGAAAUUGGUCGAGGACAAAGGCUACAUUUUUGACAAGAGGUUGAGGUACAAUGUUCGGCAGAGCGAGGCCAAUUACAGAUUCAGGGACAUUGUCGUGAGGAAGGAAGAAGGUUUCACACACGUCCUGCUGUCCAGCCAAACAUCAGACAACAAUGCACUAACACCAGAGAUCAUGAAGGAGGUGUGUCGAGCUCUGGGCACGGCGGCGGUUGAUGACAGUAAGCUGCUGUUACUCAGUGCUGUGGGCAGCAUCUUCUGCAGCGGCCUGGACGCCUCGUACCUGAUCGGCCGCCUCUCCACUGACCGCAGGAAAGAGAGCAGCAGAAUCGCGGAGGCUGUGAGGGAUUUUGUAAAAGCCUUCAUCCACUUUAAGAAGCCCAUCGUGGUGGCCGUUAACGGUCCAGCCCUGGGUUUGGGUGCCUCCAUCCUUCCCCUGUGUGACAUCGUAUGGGCCAGUGAGCGGGCCUGGUUCCAAACCCCCUGUGCUGCACUGCGCCUCACGCCCUCCGGCUGCUCCUCCUACACUUUCCCUCAGAUCCUGGGAGUGGCUCUGGCCAAUGAGAUGCUGUUCUGUGGGAGGAAACUGACGGCGCAGGAGGCGUGUAGCCGAGGUUUGGUCUCCCAAGUGUUCUGGCCGACCACCUUUAACCAGGAGGUCCUGCUGAGGGUGAAGGAGAUGGCGGCCUGCAGCGCUGUGGUUCUGGAGGAGUCUAAGUGCAUGGUACGCAGCAUCCUGAUGUCCAUGUUGGAGGAGGUGAACGAGAAGGAGUGCCAGAUGCUCAAACAGCUGUGGUGCUCCACCAAGGGCCUGGAGGCUCUUUUCUCCUAUUUACAGAGUAAAGGUUAUGAUGCCUGAAUGUCUGGCACACUCAGUGCAACCGCAGCACCACCGCAGCACCACCGCACCCACCCAGAGCCCACGAUGAUGUCAUAAUGUACUGUGAAAGAAAUGAAUACAAGCCAAGAAUUUACGUUUCUUCUUAUUAUUAUUAUUAUAAUUAUAAUGAUUAUAAUAAUUCUAAAUAUUUAUAUUCCCGACUGUAUCAGAAGGGUCCGGCGAUUUUUUUUUUUCCCGUGGAUGCUUCCAGACCAGCGUUCAGAACACAGAAUUCUAUCACCUAAAGAAAUGCCUUUAACCUUGUCCUUGUUUAUUUAUUUACAAAAAAAACAAAAAAAAAAGCCAUUUUGCAUAAAAGUGCAAACAAAUUAUUCAAUAAUUCUGUGUUGAUGUGUACAGUGUAGAUAAUUGUGGUUGAUUAAUUUAUUGACUUGGAAUUACAUACCAAAGGUCUCGUGGGGGGGGAUGAUACUAAUUAUUAUUAUUAUUAUUAUUAUUAUUAUUAUUAUUAUUAUUAUUAUUAUUAUUAUUGAUCUUUUUAAACCUUGAACACGUGCUUCGUUUGUGACAGCAGUGAUGGGUUUAUGAUGAAGUGUAGAUGGACUUCCAUCCUUCUUCUUCUUCCUCUUCUUCUUAUUUUUUAGUGUAUGUUAGACGUCAGUCACAUCUCCGUCGUCAGCCCUGAAUGUGAUGAUCGACUCUCUUCCUGUUCGGUUAGAGAGAUAAAACUAUUCUUCCUUUUAUUCCAAAAAAUAUAUAUAUCAAAACAUCAAAAAGAAAAAAAAAGGAUUUAAGGAUUCCUCAUGCAUUGUUCAUCUCUGAUUCAUAAUUCUAUGCAAAUCCAAUACCAGGACUUUGUGGUGUGUUUUUUUGUUAUUGUUGAUCUUGAUUAUAAUUCUCUCCAGUGGAUCGCUUACUGAAGGAGAUUGCAGUUGAAAAAUGAAGCGAGGUUAUACUGUGACGGUCUUUAAGAUGGGAAGAUAAAGGAGAAUGAGAUAAAUGACGCUGAAUUGUAACGUCUUGUGCUGCCGUUAGCGCUUUCGUUCUGCGAUAAACUCCGCGUUUACCUCUGUUGUUGUCGUUGUUGUGAAGAGUUCAGAGGACGUUCUCAAGCUAUUCAGAUUAGCCCUGAGCAAAAUCAUAAAUCUGAGCGUAGCAAAAAUCAACAACUCGUAUUUCACUUGGGUUCACAAAAUAAUAUAUACUGUAUUGCCAAAAGUUUUGGGACACCCCUCCAUAUCAUUGAGUUCAGGUGUUGUGUUUCAGGGGUUGGACUCCGCCCCUUAGUUCCAGUGAAAGGACCUCUUAAUGCUUCAGCUUCAUACCAAGACAUUUUGGACAAUUUCAUGCUCUUUGUGGGAACAGUUUGGGGAUGACCCCUUCCUGUUCCAACAUGACUGCACACCAGUGACCAAAGCAAGGUCCAUAAAGACAUGGAUGAGUGAGUUUGGUGUGGAGGAACUUGACUGUCCUGCACAGAGUCCUGACCUCAACCCCAUAGAACACCUUUGGGAUGAAUUAGAGUGGAGACUGUGAGCCAGACCUUCUGGUCCAACAUCUGACCUCACAAAUGACCACGCUUCUAGAGGAAUGGUCAAAAAUUCCUCUAAACCUUGUGGAAAGCCUUCCCAGAAGAGUUGAAGCUGUUAUAGCUGCAAAGGGCGGGACAACUCCAUAUUACAUUCAUGUGCAUAUAAAGGCAGACGUCCCAAAACUUUUGGCGAUAUAGUGUACUUUCAUCAAAAAACACUUGAAACUAAACCAAUUCUAAAAAAAAAAAAAAAAAAAACCCUGCCUUUCUCCCCUUCACCGAUUAUAGCCAUGCUCCCCCCACCCCCACCCCCGAGUACGACGCAGGAAUGUGAUUGGACAGCGAUUCUUGCAUUCUAGUUGUGAGUUAAUUCAGUAUAGUAGAAAAUCGACACUGGAUUUACGUUGAAACCAGACAUGAAAUUAGUGUUUAAUUCUUUAAUAAUAGAAAUUCAAGUGAAGUGAGAGAGAAAUGUGAUGAAGGCUUUGGUCUUCCUCUGUAGUUUGUUGUUACUUCACACAAUGGAAAAAAAAAAAGAACAAAGAAAUGUAAGAAAUGUAUUGUUUAUAGGUACAGAAACAUCUCUCUCUCUCUCUUUCUCUCUCUCUCUCUCUCUCUCUCUCUAUCUAUCUAUCUAUCUAUCUAUAUGUAUAUCUGUCUAUAGAUAUAGAUAUCCUUGUACUUGUAUAUAUGUAUAGAAGUUACAAGUGUAUCCGUUAAUAACGAAGUUUAAUAAUUAUUUUUUUAAAAAGAAAAUGAAUUAACCCUUUAAAAAUUUUUAGAAUUCUAGACUGAUUUUGAUAAACAUUCAACAAAUUCAUAGUAUAAUUUUCUUCAACAGAAACUCACGUUUUUAGUGCUUAAGAGUAAAUCUAAGCAUUGUGAGGCUGCUUAAUCCAUUCGAACCUAACCCUGAUGAGUUCUACCCCUGUGUGGGGUUCUGUAGGCAGGAGAGAACCGAAUAAUAAACACAAUAAUGACAAUAAACAAAUAUGUUAAAAUAUUUAUAUAUACACAUGUAAAAGGUUUCACCUCACUGUAGAUACACUAUAUUGCCAAAAGUAUUGGGACACCCCUCCAGAUCAUUGAAUUCAGGUGUUGUUUUUCAGGGGUUGGUCUCGGCCCCUUAGUUCCAGUGAAAGGAACUCUUAAUGCUUCAGCUUCAUACCAAGACAUUUUGGACAAUUUCAUGCUCUUUGUGGGAACAGUUUGGGGAUGACCCCUUCCUGUUCCAACAUGACUGUACACCAGUGACCAAAGCAAGGUCCAUAAAGACAUGGAUGAGUGAGUUUGGUGUGGAGGAACUUGACUGGCCUGCACAGAGUCCUGACCUCAACCCCAUAGAACACCUUUGGGAUGAAUUAGAGUGGAGACUGUGAGCCAGACCUUCUCAUCAUCACAACAUCAGUGCCUGACCUCACAAAUUCUAGAGGAAUGGUCAAAAAUUCCCAUAAACACACUCCUAAACCUUGUGGAAAGCCUUCCCAGAAGAGUUGAAGCUGUUAUAGCUGUAAAGGGCGGGACAACUCCAUAUUACAUUCAUGUGCAUGUAAAGGCAGACGUCCCAAAACUUUUGGCAAUAUAGUGUAUGGAAUAGCAGAUGCAGAUAAAACAUAGUUUUUUAUGUACAGUAGAAACAGUGAGCCAAACACAGAAUACUUCAUGUUGAAAAAUGAUAAGUAAAUGAAAAAGUUUACACGCCCCUCAUCCACGUUUCUUUUUCUCUCUCAGUGUGAAUCCAAACCAAACCAAAAGCCAGCUUCACAUCAACAUCCUCGCCACUUUUAACCUCCACUACGAAACACAGGGUCAAUAAACGUAAAAUGAAGCGUAUAAAAUGCUCAAUACUUGAAGUCUCAAGACUCGAAUUCUUUCUAUCGUCAUCAUCUGAGAUUUCUAAGAGUGCUAGGAAAUGACGCAUCCCGAUCCUGCCGUCUUUUUAUCCGCUCUUAAUUACAACUUCAGACGUUUUCUUUUCAGCCUUCUGCGAUUCACACGUGUGUCUGUCAGGAAAAGGAUGAAUCAAUCCUUUUGGGAAGGAGGAAGGAGGAAAUGAAAGGCUGGUGUAGUCAGCUGAGACGAAGCCAACUCUGACAGUUUGAGGUCGGAUCUGAUAUUGGGAUAUCUCUCCGUGUCUGAUCUCGUGACGGGAAAAUCAGACGCCUUCUAUAUUUUACACAGGACAAUUUCAACCAGAUCUCACACUUUCUUGUGUAUUUUUGUAAAAGUUUCAUUGAUAUCGAAUAAGAAUAAUUCAUAGAAAAGAUUUUUCUCCUAGA